UGUCUUGAGCGGUUGUUUGUUAUUCACAUGUGCCACAGCUUAUCUGGAGUUUAUUAUUACCAUUAUCAUCCUAUAUGUAUAACUAUUUCACUUCCAUACCGGCGGGUAUUUAGGUUUUUACCAUGCAGAAAUCGAAGAAAGAAUCCAAGACCGAGCCACCACGGCAAUUUAAACUAUCUCACCAAACCUUAUGCAUCACAGGGAUUAACUUUGAAACUCAGUCUCUCAUUGGUUAUGUCGAACUGACCCUCCAUCCCCUGAAGCCUGAUGUCUAUUGUGUUAAACUUAACAGUUCACAGAGUAAAAUCUAUCGUGUCUGCAUUGAUGAGCAGUGGGAUGCUACAUUCUUUUAUAAUGACCCAACAUUGGAGAUAUGUCAAGGUGACGCCAAACAAAGAAACUUGGAAUUUUUCCAACGAAGCCAUUUGUCUGUGAUGAAUUCCAUUGACCCAGACGCAGGAAAUGGUGAAAUACUUAUCAAGUUGCCACCAGAAGCUCUGAAUUUAGUCCAAGAGCUAAAACCUAUUCGAAUUUGUGUAGAAUUUUCCAUAGAAAAACCAGAUGCUGGUAUCCAUUUUGUGGUUCCAGAUAUGGAAGGAAAUUUGGGUGAAAAAGCAGCUCACAUGUUUACAUAUGGUACUGAGAAUUCUUCAAGAUUGUGGUUCCCCUGCAUUGAUAGCUAUAGCGAACCAUGUACUUGGAAACUGGAAUUCACUGUUGAUCGCCUUCUAACUGCCGUGUCUUGCGGAGACUUAAUAGAAAUUGUGGCUACAAGUGAUCGCAAGAACAAAACUUUCCAUUAUUUCUUGUCAACCCCUACCUCUGCCCCAAAUAUAGCCCUGGCCGUUGGACCUUUUGAAAUUCUAGUUGAUCCCAAUAUGCAUGAAGUUACCCACUUCUGUCUUCCACAUUUACGUACCAUUAUGAAGAACACAACAGCCUUUAUUCACGAAGCUUUUGAAUUUUUUGAAGAAUUGAUGUCUAGUAGAUUUCCAUAUUCAUGCUACAAACAAGUCUUUGUGGAUGAAUCUUUUAUGGAAUGCUGCCCUUAUGCCACCAUGACAAUAUUUAGUACGUCACUUCUCCAUUCCACUCGUGUCAUUGACCAAACUCUGAUAUCUCGUCACCUCAUGGCAUUUGCUGUGGCACAACAGUUCUUUGGUAACUUCAUAACAAUGCACUCAUGGACUGAUGCUUGGCUCACCAAAGGUAUAGCAGGUUAUUUAACUGGACUGUUUGUUAAAAGAUCCUUUGGAAACAAUGAAUAUCGCUAUUUUAUCUCAAAGGAAAUGAAAGAAGUUGCAGACUAUGAGAAGACUUGUGCCAUUGUUUUAGAUCCUUCUGCUCUAAAAGAACCAAGUACUUUACAUUUUUCAGUGAAAAAUUCUCACCUUGUAUCCCCUAAAUAUGCAGAUGUAUUCUUUAAAAAAGCUCAUUUAGUGAUUAGAAUCUUGGAAAUUAGAAUUGGUUACGAAUUAUUGCUUCAGGUUUUUAACAAAUUACUCGCACUUGCAUUUACGGCAUCUCAACAGAAAUAUGGAUCAAAUACCUGGUCUAACGUGCUGUUGUCUACAAAUUCUUUUUUAAGGAUAAUAUCAACUGUAACUGGCAAGGAUAUCCAACCUUAUAUUGAACAGUGGGUAUGUCAGAGUGGCUGUGCACGCUUCAUGGGGAAUUUUGUGUUCAACCGCAAAAGGAAUGUAGUUGAGCUUGAAAUCAAACAAGAUUAUACAGCUAAAGGAUCCUUAAAAUAUGUGGGUCCUCUCACUGUGAUCAUUCAAGAACUAGAUGGUUCCUUCAGUCACAAUUUCAAAAUUGAGGAAAACAAAACUAAAUUUGAGAUUACCUGCCAUUCCAAAAGCCGGCGAAACAAAAAGAAGAAGAUUCCGUUGAUGACAGGAGAAGAAGUAGACAUGGAUCUCAGUGCUAUGGAUGCUGAUUCCCCUGUUUUGUGGUUACGUGUGGACCCCGACAUGACGCUGCUAAGACAAGUUGCUUGGGAACAGCCUGACUACAUGUGGCAAUAUCAGCUGAAAUAUGAACGUGAUGUAGUUGCACAAUGUGAAGCUAUCGCUGCUCUAGUUGCCUACUCAACACCUGCAACACGGAUGGCUUUAACUGAUACCCUUGAGAAUGAACAGUGUUUUUGUAAGGUUAGAAUGGAAGCAUGCUUCUGCCUCGCCAAAGUUGCUAAUGCCAUGGUGUCAAGCUGGGCCGGACCUCCAGCCAUGAUGACAAUCUUCAGAAAGAUGUUUGGGUCCUAUUCGUGUCCAAUGAUCAUUCGACAGAACAACUUCUCUAACUUUCAGCAAUAUUUUUUACUCAAAACGAUUCCCUGUGCAAUGGCUCGCUUACGUAACAUUCACAAUAUAUGCCCCAAUGAUGUACUGAAAUUUCUUCUUGAUCUCUUCAAAUAUAACGAUAAUUCUAAAAACAAGUAUUCUGACAACUACUACCGUGCUGCAUUAAUUGAUGCACUUGCUGCUACUGUAACACCAGCUGUUGCUGCUGUCAGUCUUCUCAACACUGGAAUUAAUCUAGACAGUCUGUCAGCUGACGUAAAGCUAAUACUUGAAGAAAUCACACGAUUCAUGAAUCUCGAAAAACUGCUGCCCUGCUAUCGACACACGGUUGCAGUCAGCUGUAUUCGUGCAAUUCGUGUGCUGCAAAAAAACGGUCAUCUCCCCAGUGAUCCACAGAUAUUUGAGAGUUAUUCAAAAUAUGGCAUUUACAGAGACAUACGACUGGCAGCUUUUGAAGCUUUGGUCGACUAUAUUAGUGCUGAUGUCAAUGCUGAUAAACUAAAUUGGUUGAUCAACUUAAUGCAAACUGAUCCCGAUAUAUAUGUCAGGCACAAAAUAAUGGAAAUGCUUGUUAAAAAGCCACCGUUUCUUAAAGGAGACUCAAGUCCAUUGAAUACGGAAGAACUCGUAGAUAGUUUAUGGAAACUGAUGACGACUGGCUGUCCACAUGACAGUCGUCUCCGAUGUGGUAUUGCUGAUCUCUAUUACUGUCUUUACGGUCGCACUCGCCCUACUAAAUUGCCCACACCUGAGGGCAAAGAUAAGAAACCUGUACUGCCAGGCAUAGAGGUACCAGUCACACAACCACCACCAGCACCACCAACAACAGCAGCAGCAGUAGUAGCAGUGGCAGCACCACCCCUACCAGCAUCAUCAUUAUCUUCAUCGUCAUUGCUGCCAACGUCAUUACCAUCAUCACUGGGACCCAGUGCCACUCCACCAGUUCUUAGUGCAGGAACAGCUAAUACCAUAGACACCACAACCACAACCAUCACCACCACCACCACCACCACCACCACGACUACCACCACAGAUACUAAUGUUACUGCUCUACCUGUAACAGUAGUACACCCACCUCUUCAAGGCCCACCAACUACUGAUGUGAAACCACCCAUUCCACAAUCUCCUUCAACAGGCUUUGACAUCUCUCAGCCAAACAUGGAAAACAAUCCGAUUAAAAUGGAACCCCUUGAAUCAGUUGUAAUGAAGACAGAAGCAGAAAUAUUACCAGUGCAAACACUACCACCUCCGCCUCCACCACCACUGCCACCACUACCACCAACACCAACACUAACACCAACACCAACACCAACACUAACACUAACACCAACACCAGCACCAACACCAGUACCAGUGCCAAUAACUACUGCAAUAACAACAAUAACAACCACCCCAAUGACAGGAGUUGUCAUCGGGGAGGAGAAGAAAGACACGUUUGAAACUAAAGCACCUCUGACAACGACGUCUGUUGCAGCAGCAGCAGCUGCCGCAGUCUCUGCUGCAGUUGCCGCUGCAGCAGCUGAAGCAGCCGCCGCUGCUGCUGCCAAUGCUGGCAGCACGUCCACUGCAUCAACAUCUCUGGGAACCCCUACAAAAUCAGGCGCUGUUGCCCUGCCGCUUCAGUCCCCUGUUCAGCCUGGAGCAAUGGAACAGGCUCGUGGCAUUAAAAGGAAAGAAGAAUCGGGUCUGUGUCUGGAUCCCAAGCUCGGUUUUGGAUCAUUACCAGACCCCCUGCUGCCCGACUAUAUGCAGACGGAUGACUCCAAGUUCAAAUUGAAAAUUAAGCAAAAGAAACUAGAGGAAGAAGAAGAUUUUAUUGCUCCUCGUCCGCAGAUGUCUUCAAUGCCUCUGGAGCGUUCUAGUUUAGAGCUGCCCCUCUCAUACGCUGACAUUCCCAGCAACCUCAGUGAAGAUUCUAGCUCUCCCUCAUCAUCAACCCAUACACUUCCAGAAAUGCCACCCAACCCUGGUUCGGCUCCAUCAUUCGGUGGGUUGAAGUUGAUGUCUCAGUCGUCUCUGGACUUCUCAAGGCUUGGCUCCAGUGAGGAAAGUUCCGGUAAAUUACACAAGACCAAAAAGAAGAAGAAGAAAAACAAACACAAGCACAAACACAGGCACAAAGACAGCCGCCCGGAAAGAUCCGACUCUUUCUCUUCUCGCGACAAAGACCGAUCCGAUAGGUCACAUUAUAAUUCCCCUGGCAGCAACUCACCUGGAACACAGCCCGCAAGCUCUCCAGAGUUCCAAGUGAUCUGAGAACAAGCUUUUUACCAAACCUGAACCUGAAACUAACUUUAUCUCCAGACAAGGAACAGAUUCUAAUAAACACUGAAUUCAAAACCCACCUUGGGUGAAGGUCACCUUUUUUUUUGUCUUACAGCAACCCUUUUUGGUUGAGGACUUAAGUCACCUAUAAUUCACCCUUCUCCUCUGAAACCCGUAUCCUCGUGUCAAUGUGAGCAAGCAUUUGUGUUGUUACUUUAUCAAACGCAUUAGUACUUUUAAUUAAUUAUCAUUAAAUGUGGUGGAUUGGUGAUGUAAGUUGUGUGUUGAACAAAACGAUUGGUAGUGUAUUUGUUGGCAUUGCUUUACAAGCUGGUUUCAGAUUCUACCGAUGUCGACUUUGCUUUAACACUUUCAAGAGGUCGAGAAAGUGCUUCCCACGACUAGGUUGGCCGACAUAAUCAACUGUAACCCUUCCCUCAAGAUAUCUUUUCCUUUGUGGCAAAUUUAGAAAUUUGUAUUUACUACUACUACUACUACUACUACUACUACUUAGGUGGUGAGCUGGUAGGAUUUUUAGCAUGCUGGACAAAGUGCUUAGUGGCAUUUCGUCUGUCUUUAUGUUCUGAGUUCAAAUUCUGCCGAGGUCAAAUUUUCCUUUCAUCCUUUCCAAGUUGAUAAAAUAAAUAGCAACUGAGCUCUGAGGUUGACCAAAUUGACAUAACCCCUCACUUGAAAUUGCUGGCUUUGUGCCAAAAUUUGCAGCCAUUACUACUACUACUACUACUACUACUAAGGAGGCAAGCUGGCAGAAUCGUUAGCAUGCUGGGCAAAAUGCUUAGUGGCGUUUGG